UUGUUUUAUUUAACUUUGAUAUUUUGAUCGAUUAGCUAUUAUUUUUUAUUUUUACUCUGGACUUUGAUCUUUGGAACUUCUCGUUUACUUAUCAUUAGACUUUGGCCAUUUUAUUUUUAUGAUACAUAUUUAUAGGUGUAAGUGCAAAGAAACUAUAUACUUACCUAAAUGUCUACGAUGUUCAAGACAAUAAUAUUCAGUCAGCCAAGGAAAUUUGCUACAUCUUUCCUCCGAGCCUACUCCGCCCAAGCAGAAGUACCUCAAUAUGAGACAUUAGCAGUGUCUGUACCAAAGAAGCAUGUCUACCAUGUGGAACUCAACAGACCGGACAAGUUGAACACAUUUAACAUAGCCAUGUGGAAAGAACUGAAGUUGUGUUUCAAUGCCCUCGAUGACAACACAGACUGCAGAGUGGUGGUGUUAUCAGGCAGGGGAAAACAUUUCACAGGAGGUAUUGACCUGAACGACCUAAUAAAGAAAUUCUCCGCUGCAAACGAGAUUGAUGAUGCUGGAAGGAAGGCCAGGUCGUUUUACAAAAUCAUCAAGGAAUAUCAAGAAGGUAUAACAGCAUUAGAAAACUGCAUGAAGCCAGUUCUGAAUGUGGUGCACCAGGCGUGCAUCGGCGCAGGCGUCAACCUCAUCACCGCCGCUGACGUCAGGUAUUGCACCGCGGACGCGUGGUUCCAAGUCAAAGAAGUACAAAUAGGGCUGGCGGGGGACGUCGGGGUGUUGCAGAGGUUGCCCAAGGUGAUAGGCAACGAGGCCGCGGCCCGCGAACUGGCGCUGUCGGGCCGCGCGCUGCGGGCGGACGAGGCGCUGCGCAUCGGACUAGUCUGCAGGAUAUAUCCCGACAAAGACACUGCCAUCAAAGAAGUUUUGGAGAUAGCCGAUGACAUCGCCAAGAAGAGUCCCAUAGCCGUGCAGGCCACCAAACAGAACAUGGUCUACUCUCAGAGCAGAACUGUCCAAGAGGGAUUGGAACAUAUCGCCCUGAUAAACUCUAUAAACCACCAGAGCGAGGACAUCAUGAAGGGAGCCAUCGCUCAGGCGACUAAGAGCGGGCCACCGGAAUACGACAACUUGUAGACAAAGAUUACUAGUUGUUUAAUUUAUAUUGUACUAGCGACCCGUCCCGACUCUGCUCGGGUAAAACUAUUGUAAACCUUCCUCAGAUUCACACUAUUGGUGAAAACCGUAAAAAAAACGAUAAUUUUUGAUUUGACAGACAGACACGAAAGGGGGACUUUUUAUAAUAUGUAAGGAUGUCUCUCAUACAUGUAUGAAUUUGAUUUCUCAAACAGUCUGUCUUUAAAGUGUAGAAAAACAGUUUUUAACGAAUUACUUUUUUUGCCAUUACAACACUAAAUAAAAAUAGAUGUCAAGAUGGACACCCACACCGAGUGUUGCCAACAUAGUGUUGCUAGUAGAUACCCGAGUGUUGCCAACCUAGGAGACUCAACCCCGUCUAUUAUUAACCGUCUAGUGCGUCAUAGAAGCCAAACAGCUGGACCGAUUUCGAUAUAGUUUUUAUAAUUUGAAAGAUAAUUUAAUGUUCAGCCGUUUGGAAACUGCCAGCUGUUUUCUAGCUGAUGAGAUGAUACCAGCAACUUCUGAGUCGAGGGUUUCUUAAAAUUCUAAUUUGUUUUUUUUUAUAUACUUUUCAUAGACAAAUUGUAAACUGGGAUGAUUUUAAAAAGUAUUUAUAUACCCUAGGUUUGACCUCGGUUGAUUACAAGACAAUAUUAUUAAUUAUAUUUAUACCACAAUCGUUAUAUUUCAUACAAAGAAAAAAAUAUGUUACUUAGGUAGUAAGCUAUCAAGUGAUUUUAUAGAAUUUUUAAAUUGUUAAUAAUAUACAUUGAAUUUAAUAUA